ACAGUGUCCAAAAAAUUUAAUAGGGAAGAUGAACUAUCUGCAAAAAUUAUCAAUUUCUAUGAAUAGAGACAAAUUAUUUUCUAUAUUCAAAACUUUUUUUCUAUUUAAGAAAAUAUGUAAAUUUUUAAAGGAUAGAAGAAUAAUUUCUAGUGAAAGUGAACAAGAAUUUUGUGAAAUUUUUAAGAGAAAUGACAGCAGAGAAAUGGUUAUAAAUAACUUAAUGGAUAUAUUUCUAAAAUUAAAUUUUGAUUCCGAAAUUUGUAAAAUUUUGAAGCAAUUGGAAAAAGAAGAAGAAUUAAAUAUUUUUGAUGAAAUAUCAAAUUUAUAUAAAAAUUGGAAAAUGUUUGUUGACAAUGUAAAAGAAUUGAGAAGAAAAGAUUCUGCUUGUUUAUCGCUCUUUACAUUCACAAAUAAUAGAUUUAUUCAAUUAGAUGAAAUUGUUGUUUCUAUUGAAAUGAAAAAGGAUAAUUUAAAGAAACAUCCAGAUUUAGAACAGAAAAUCAUCUAUUCAAAUUUUUUUCUAAUAUUUGAAAAAGGCUAUUCAAAAGUUUUAGUUAAAGGUCAACCUGGAAUUGGUAAAAGUGUUCAUGUAAAGAAUCUUAUUCAUACAUGGGCAAAUAACAAAUGGAAAGACAUUGAGAAAGAAUUUCUCCUCCUUAAAGUAGUUUUAAAGAAUGUUGAAAGGAAUAAUGAUAUAUUUGAUGAAAUUAUCAGGCAGAACUUUGAAGGAAUAGACUAUAUUAACAAAGAUAUUGUUGAAUCUAUGAUAAGAGAAAAAUCUAAUGAAAUAAUACUACUCUUGGAUGGUAUUGAUGAACUCUUCUUUUCAGAUUAUAUUACCUUUAACCAAUUUAUUUAUGAAGGUAAUUGCCCUGUUCAAACUGUUUUGUGGUCAAGAAAUUGGAAGGCAAAUGACUUUCAAAAUUCUUGUGAUAUUAUUUUUGAAUUAAUUGGAUUUAAUGGAUUUGAUCUUACUGAUUUUUUCAACAAAUGUUUCAAAGACUUUACAGGAACAGAGCUAUUUCAAUUUAAAGACUUACAAAAAAAUCCUAUGUUGAUGGAAUUUUGUAGAGUACCUCUUUUAGCAAUGAUAAUAUUCUUUUUAUGGAAGGAAAAAGGAGAAAUAAUUGAUAUGAAACUGUUUCAUCUUUAUGAAAAUAUCAUUAAAGUAGUGCAAUCCUUUAGAAACAAGGAUCACAAUAUCUUGGAUGAAAAGUUGAAAUUAAAAUUUUAUUUUAAUUGUUUAACAACUUUAUCUGACACUACUCAAAACAUACAACUGAAUAGUGAAGAAUUAGAAAUUUUAGACAAUGUCUAUGGAAAUAUAUUACAUUUCAUACCAAAUAGGAAUUCAACCAAUGAAGAAGUUCAAGUUCAAUUUUAUCAUCGUUCCUUUCAAGAAUAUUUCGCUGCUAUCUACAUUAUACACAGUUAUGAGAAAUUAGAAAUUAAUCAACUCGAUUCCGUAUUAGGUGAUAUUUUAGAGAAAUAUCCGGAAAUGAAAUUAUUUAAUGUACUGAAUUUUAUAAGUAGCAAAUCAGUUGAUUUGGGUGUAGAUAUUCUAAAGGUGUAUAAAAAUUUUGAAAAAAUGAAUCAUACAAGUUGGAUGUCCCAAUUGGAUGAUGUUGAAAAUAGAUAUAUCAAAAUUUCUGAUGGAGAAAUAAAUCCAGCAUUUUUCCACUUUUUAGUUGAAAAUAAAAAAUUAAAGGCAGAUGGAAUUGAAUUGGAAGAUUGUUCAUUAAUAGAUUCUGAAUAUUUCUCAAAAACCUUGCAAAUAUCUGAUUCAAUUGAGGAUAUUGAAAUUUACAAUGAAAGAUAUAUAUCUCCAUCAGUUCUUGUCCAUAUGAUAGAACUAUAUUCAAAGAAAGAAUCAUUUGAUUAUAUAAGCAUUAAAAGUUCUAAAUUCUGGGAAGCAGAUAUCACAAAACAAGAAGGAGACAGUGAUGAUAGCUCUUGUGACAAUAACGAGGAUUUCUAUUUCACUCUAACUAUUCAUUCAUUGGCUAGAGAUAUGAUAAAAGGUUUUGAAAAAGUUCUAGAAUCUUGUCAAUUAAUCACAACUCUUCACUUUGAAUUUAGUGAAGAUUUCACUGAAGAUGGUUUAUCAUUCAUGACAUCAUUAACAGCAAUUUCUAAGCUUAAAUCACUUAAAAACCUAUAUAUUUCAAAGCCAAAAUUUAAAAAGAAAUUCUUUUUUGAACUUUUAAAAUCUAUUCCAAAGUCUAUUAAAAAACUGGUAUUAAAUUCUUGUAUUUUCAAAUCAACAACAUAUUUUUUACUUUGUGAUUUUGUUCAAGAAAUGAGUUUUACUGAUGAAUUAUCAAUUAUUGAACUUAAUGUUGUUGGAUGGAUAUUUGAAAAGAAAGAAAAUUUCUACUCUAUAUCUUUUAAGAAACAGAGAGUGAAAUUAAAAGUUGACAAUUGUCCACCAAAACUAAAGAAGAAGAAGAUACAUUAUAAAUUCUAUGAAAAUAUUCAACUUUUCUUCCUAUCUUCAAAGCCAGCAAUCACUACUGAAUUUAUUCCUUUUAAUCAUGAAGAAUAUGGUGGUAAUCAUUUCUAUUUGAAAAUAAUUAUGGACAAAUUUCCAGAUCACCUAAAAUCAGAUUCAUUAGUUAGUGUUGACAUUACUGGUUUACUAAAUAAUACUGAUUGUUCAGUACUAUCAAAACUACUCAAGAAUAUUGGUAUGGUAAAAGAGGUUUUCUUAAGGGAACUUGAGAAAAUUGAUUCUGGCCUACAAAUUAUAACUGAUGCAAUGGUAUUAUCUUGUAACAAUCUAUCAUCAGUUUCAUUUGAAAAUUGUGGAAAUUCAUACAAUGAUUACUAUAUGGAAAUUGGAAAAUUCUUAGGCAAUUGUAAAUUUCUUCAAUACUUUAAACUUACUAUUCCAGCUGAGUAUAAUAAAACUUAUUAUCAUUUAAAAGUAAUUACUGAUGGUUUAAGGCAGUCAGCUGAGCAUAUUAGAGAAAUUCAUUUGUAUUAUCUCUCACUUACUGAUGAGGAUAGUUUUCAUUUUGGUGAAUUUAUUAAAGUAUGCUCAUCAUUAGAGAAGAUAGAUUUGGAUGAAGUUACUUUUUUGGAUUUAUCAUUUGAAAAUGUUUUAAUGGCUUUACAAGAUUGUUCUCAAACAUUAUUCUCAUUUAAUUACACACCGAAUUUAAUAGAUACUCAGCAAAAAGCCUUGGAUGACUUGCAGAAUAGUUCAGAGCGUAUGAAAACAAUAACAACUCUGUUAACCAAUGAUGAUGACAAUGAAAUGGUUUAAAUGAAACUUGGACACAUCUAUUUUUGAAAAUGUGAUGAAUUCUUUCUGUCUUUGUAAGACUUAUUAUUUUAUGAUUUAGGUGGCUAUUUUGCAAAUUCUGUUGCAUUUGUUUUGAUUCUUUUAUUUGGAGACAUUUAACCAAAUGCUUAUACUAUAUCCAUUCAUACACAAUGAUGGAUUGUAGAAAUUGUGAAAUUGAAAUAGAAAUAGGCCUAUUCUUUCAAUUAGUUCUAUACUAUGGAAACUUUGUGUCAACUUCAUUAAUAUUUCGGAAAAGAUACAUCUAUUUAAAUACUUUUGGAAAUUUAUCAUUUCAUUUCGUCAGAAAAGAAGACUAUUGAAAUUUGGUUCAUAUAUCUCCUGUCAUGUGAUUAAAUAGAGGUUUUUUUUUUGCUUAGCUCAAGACUUUAACCUAACCUAAUCCUAGGUUUCUCUUGUAAGACAACAAUGAGGGUUUCAUCUGAGGAUUAGGGGGUCAUGAAAAAGGUUAGGCAGGGUUAGGCUAAAACAAAACCUGAGUUCACUAAUUGUACUUUGUUGUAUUGUAAUUGUAGGAAUUUCUGGUUUGUCACAACUGUAAUCGUCCAUUCCAAUCAUUUACCAAUUUACCAAAGUACUCACACAAAGAGAACCUUUCCAGUUCGUCCACAAAUAGUCUAACAUGGUAUAGUAUGGUUCCUCUGACAUCCAAUACUUUUGUUAUUUAAAUAUUGGAAUAGAAUAGAUCAAAUUUCAAAUCAUCAUUAUUCACACUGUUUAAUAGUUUGUAUAGAAUUUUGGAUACAAUUACUUUGUGUAAAGUAUAAUGUGUAUUUGAUAAUUAUUUUUGGUUUUAUGACAUUAACAAUUUGACCUUGACCAUUACUUUCAAAAACAUUAAAAUCUCCACUAUUUAAUUAUUCAUUGGUAGUUAUUUCUUCUUUCUUAACAAUAAUUGGAUUGAUUAAGUAUAUCUUGAAUAUAGUUAUCUAUUCUUGGAUUAAUACAGUCACAAGUCAUUAUUAGUGUUAUCAUUAAUGGCAACUAUGGGAUUGGUUUCCUGUUGGUUAUUCCUAUAUGGAUGUUGUCUGACUAUCUGCACUGUGAAGGAGAAUUUUCAAGAGAUGAUUGUAGCCACAGUCUUUGGACCAUGAAUCAUGAAUCUGCAAAUCAAUUAUCAUGAACUGCAAACUAGAAAUCACAAAGUGUAAAUUGUGACAGAUCCCUGCAGAAUUCAAAGAUUCAUACAUUCAUACUACUUGCACCAGUUUAUUUUUGCCUUUCUGGGUGGAAGAUUGAUAUUUCUAAUUUUCUCGCUUGAGCUAUUUUAUUAUGAGUGAAUAGCUCUUGGUUUAGACCAUCCAGACGGUUAGUCAUUGAUUGUUGAUAUCUUUCUCAAUCAUCACCCAAAGUUUAUCAUUUCUGGCUGAUCUAUUUCACAUGAAAGUAAGGUUUUACCAGCCACUCUGCUACUUUCAUAGAUCUUUUCUAUCUCUCCUGCUGCUAUAUACUCUAGGUAGGAUGGUUUUGUGACUGUUAUUGAGUAGAUACAGCCACAGAUCAUCAUUACAGUGAUAUUUUUGAAAACGCCCACUAACCUGUUGAAAACGCCUACUGUACUGAUUGAAAACACCCAGUGGUGUUUAAAAACUGUAUAUAACUAAUAUUUCUGGCUUUUGUUUAAAGAACUUUUAUUAUAAAUAUAGUUAUAAAUCUUUAUUUUAAAGAUUAUUUAUUGUAUUGAGACAGAGA